AUGGGCAAAUCUGCGCGCGCGAAUUGUCGCCGCUCUGUCCGCGCCGAGCGGCGAGACAUCGUCUUCAACUCCGAGAAAGAAAUCAAGCAAUUCGCCGCCAAACAGUCCGCGCUGGAAAAAGCGCUCAACUGCGGGAAAGCGCCGAUAACGAAUUCUUUAAGACGCAAAGAGCAACAGCGAGAACAACAACACGGCGACGACAAAAUGAUGAUUGAAGACGAGAACAACAACGAGAACAGUAAUGGUGGUGAACAAGGUUUAAAGCUGCAAGAAUUCGACGAAGACGUGUACGAUAAGAUGAAGCUGCACGAAAAAAUGUACGACGAAGCGAACGCGUGGGGUGUCUCGCUCGGGAUCAACAAGAAAGUGCUGCGCGUGAAAGGUGGCGGCGUCCGCCGAGGGAAAGAAAAAGGAGUGAUAUCGGCGAAGCAGAUGGCGUACGCGCAAUUUUUCGCCGAUCCGAAACUGAAGAAGAAGCAGAAGCGGGCGAUGAAGAACGUGGAGAGAGGCGUGCGGCGGGGAACGAGUAGCAGAACAAGUCGGGAAAUGAUGAUGACGGAGUAG